AAUAUUUUAAUUCCUGUUUUUCUUUGGAUAACAUAGCAAAUUAUUAAAAUCACAGAAUACAUUAUCAAGUAGAUUAAGCCUGGAUUUAAAGUUGAAGUACUUGAUAAAAUUUUUAUAUCAGAUGCGUAAAUUAAAGGGAGUGAUUCAUAAAUGUCAAUUUUAUAGCCUAAAACUGAUGUUUAUGAGAGGUAAUAUGCCAUUAAAAAUUUAACUAAGAGUUAAUUUUCCCUUUUAAUUUAAUAAUUAGCAAUAGUGAAUUCCCAAAAGCAUCCCAUUGAAAAAGCCUAAUAAAUAAAUAUUGUAUUAAAAUAGCGCAUUUAAAAUAUUCAAAAGAAGCCAUAUAGAAAGAAUAACUAUUAAUAAUAUCUUCUAUCUUUUAUUAUUUGCAGCAAACUUAUACAAAUGAUAAUUGGCUAUAUCAUAAAGUACAAAAGAUAUUCCAAUAAUUAAUAGUUUCACCAAUUCUUAAGUUCUAUAAUCCGUACAGCUAUUUUUAUUUUGAUUUAGUUAUGGAUAGUAUUAAAUGACAGACUUAAAAGCUUUUAUAAUAAUUAUUAGUAAAUAAAUUAGAAAUGA